AUGGCGGUGGUUCCCUUCCAGUCUGCCUUGAGGCAAGUGCGGACCCCCUGUGUUAUCGGCGCGGCGGCGGUGGCGGCGUGCUGCUGCUCAGGGGCCGGUGUGGAACCUGUGCAAUCUCCUCUGAUGAGCCAAUUACCUCUCUGGAAGCCCCGGUCGCGCCGCGCCGAGAACGGCGUGGUCGUGCUUCCUGCCGCCGCGGGUCCUCAUUUUGUUCUUUCUCCCGUGUGUGUGUGUGUGUCUGUGUGUGUGUGUGUUUGUUCAGGCGGCUGCACCUUCGACGAGGACUCGGACGCCAGCCUGUGUGACUACCGCCAGGGACAGGAGGACGACUUUGACUGGCAGCUGAUCAGGACCUACAGUUGGCCCCACGCCACUCCUGAUCUGCUCCGAGGCUCCUUCAUGAUGGUCAACGCCUCGCAGCACUACGCCGGCCAGCGGGCCCAGAUGCUGCUGCGGCCGCUCAGCGAGAACGACACCCACUGCAUCCAGUUCAGCUACUUCCUGUACAGCCGCGAUGGCCACAGCCCCGGGGCCCUCAACGUGUUCAUCAGGGUCAACGGGGGCCCCCAGGGCAGCGCCGUCUGGAACAUCUCGGGCUCCCAGGGGCGCCAGUGGCACCAGGUGGAGCUGGCCGUCAGCACCUUCUGGCCCAGCGAGUACCAGGUAACAACAGCGAGUAUCUUGUGUGUUAUGACGAUGAGGAUGAAGUGCUGUAAAUACUGGCCAGAUGACAGCGAGAUGUACGGAGACAUUAAGAUAACUCUGCUGAAGACGGAAACGCUGGCAGAGUACACCGUCCGCACCUUCGUCAUGGAGAGGCGGGGCUACCCGGCCAAACACGAGGUCUGCCAGUUCCACUUCACCUCCUGGCCCGAGCACGGCGUGCCCUACCACGCCACCGGCCUGCUGGCCUUCCUGCGCCGCGUCAAGGCCUCCACCCCGGCCGACGCCGGCCCCGUGGUGGUGCACUGCAGCAUGGGGGCGGGCCGGACUGGCUGCUACAUCGUCCUGGACGUCAUGCUGGAUAUGGCCGAGUGCGAGGGGGUGGUGGACAUCUACAACUGUGUCAAGACGUUGUGCUCCCGACGCAUCAACAUGAUCCAGACAGAGGAACAGUACGUGUUCAUCCACGACGCCAUCCUGGAGGCGUGUCUGUGCGGCGAGACGGCCAUCCCCGUCAACGAGUACGCCCUCACCUACACGGAGAUGCUGAAGGUGGACUCGCAGAGCAACACCUCCCAGCUCAGAGAGGAGUUCCAGACCCUGAACUCGGUGACGCCCCACCUGGACGUGGAGGAGUGCAGCGUGUCGCUGAUGCCGCGCAACCGCGAGAAGAACCGCAGCAUGGACGUGCUCCCGCCCGACCGCGCCCUGGCCUUCCUGGUGGCCGGCGAGGGCGAGGGCGGCGACUACAUCAACGCCGCGCUCACCGACAGCUUCCUGCGCCCGGCCGCCUUCGUGGUGACCCCCCACCCGCUGCCCGGGACCACCGGGGACUUCUGGAGGCUGGUGUACGACUACGGCUGCACCGCCGUGGUGAUGCUGAACCAGCUGAACCAGUCCAACUCAGCCUGGCCCUGCCUCCAGUACUGGCCCGAGCCCGGCCUGCAGCAGUUCGGGCCCAUGACGGUGGAGCUGCUGUCCCGCACCGCCGACGACGACGUCAUCAUCCGCCUCUUCAGAGUCCAGAACAUCAUGCGGGACGGCCGGCUGAAGCAGACAGACGGCCCAGAGCAGGAGGAGAGUGGCCGCGGGCCCCCGAAGCUCCAGGAAGGACAGCUGGUGGUGCGCCACUUCCAGUUCCUGCGCUGGUCCCCGUACCGCGACGUGCCCGACUCCAAGAAGGCCUUCAUCAGCCUGCUGGCCCAGGUGCACAACUGGCAGCUGGAGUGCGGGGAGGGUCGCACCAUCGUGCACUGCCUGAACGGCGGCGGUCGGAGCGGGACGUUCUGCGCCUGCACCAUGAUCCUGGAGAUGAUCCGUCACCACAGCGUAGUGGACGCCUUCUUCGCGGCCAAGACCCUGCGCAACUCCAAGCCCAACAUGGUGGAGACGAUGGAGCAGUACCGUUUCUGCUACGAACUGGCCUUGGAGUACCUGGAUUGCCUGGAAGUCAGAUAACACACACACCCCCAUCGCCUGUUGUGACUCCAGGAGAACGAGCUGGACCCUGGGGUAGUCGUGGUGGUGGUGGUGGUGGUGCUGGUGGUGGUCAUGAUGGUGGUGCCUGUGAUGGUGAUGGUGGUGGUGGUGGUGGUGGUGGUGGCGUUGGCGUGUGGGUCAGGGGCCCCCCAGCACUUUUAACCCCGGCCCCUUUGGUUCCGCGUGCGCAGCGUUCGGGUCACGCUCUUGGAGGGUUACCAGCAUUAAGGACGCUACGAAACAAGAGAAGGCUUGCUGGACAACCUUGUAACAUACUAACACGGCAUCCCUCUCGCUCAUCCCCCGCCCCCUCGCAUUCUCCGCCAAACUGAUACCGUUAACGUUUUGUUUGUUUUAUCGUGCGCCACUUAUCGUUUGCCAAAACCAAGAGGACCUACAUGGGAGCAGUGUGAAACUGGUCGCCGGCCAAAAUUAUCGUUCAUUUUUUUCAUUCAUUUUUUCUUUAAUGGCUGCCUGACGAAAAACACAACAAAACAACGGAUUCCGAUCCACAGUGCUCCGAUACAUCCUGCCUUACUACUACGAAGAGGAAGCCUGUCGGACAACGGACGCUAACGUAAGGGGAAGACAAAAAAAAAAAAUGCCAUUGGGUGAUACGUGUGUGUGUGUUGUGGUUCCUUUUUCGGUAACACUACUGUAAACGGUGCGCUGUAAACGGUGCGCUGUAAACGGUGCGCUGUACCCAGCAGCGAACACCUUUCUGUACUGCUGUACUUUACUGCACUGGUGGUGGUGGAGGUGUUGGGGGUGGAGGCGCUGGUGCUGGUGGUGGUGCUGGUGGUGCUGCUCUGCAAUCGAGGCGCCGGUGCUUUUCAGGGAGGGCGGAGGCGAGGGAGGGAGGGGGCGGGGGUUCACCCGCAGGUGAAGUUUACAGGGAAAAAUGAGGUGACAGCCGCAUUCGCUACGGACAUUCUUGUACAGUGGACCUGUGUCUCGUUCGUUGAUUUCUCUUUUAUUUAUCAGUUGUGUAAAUAUGUUCUGUUAUUUUAGGCCCGCUUCUGUUGUAUCCCUCUUUCCGAUGUGUUCCCUUGUUUGUUCACCUCUGUUUGAUUAUUUGUACGUUUUUCCCUCCUCUCUGAGCUGUUUAUAGAUGUCGUCACCUUAUCUCUUUGUGCCAAUACAUUCUCUCUGUGUCUGUGAAGAAAAUGAAUUGCUAAAUAAACGGGAGGGGGGGAAGUCCAGCAUCUGCAUGCUAGUCUUAAGUGUUCCAUUGCGGUGUGUGACCCCCUCCCCCCCACCCCCCCCCCCCCCCCCCCCCCCACACACACUCCCCCCGACCCCCCUGUGGUUGGUUUCAGUGAGGUGGGGGUCCUGCUAUGUCAAUCUCUCCGAAUAAUCUGAGAGAGCGCUGUAAAAGAAUAACAAAUGUAUUGCUGUGAAAAAAAUAUAGUGAUCACAUUCACCCGAGCCAGUUGCUUUCUAAAUUUGUAUUUAUUCAAUGUGUUUGAUUUUCUAUAUAGUGUAUAAAAUUAAAAGAAAUAAUAAAGAUAUCUAUAUAUGUACAUAUAUAUAUAGAUUAUCCUGUUGCUUAACAA